AUUAAUGUAAGGUACCUUAGAAAGGUGCACAUAAUAAGCGUGCCAGGUAAUCCGCCGACUCUUCGCUUGUACACAACCCGCUGGGUCUCCCUCGUUCCUUCCCCAGAUGCAACGUUGAUCAACUUCGUUUUCCAUCUAAGCUCAUUCGAUUCAAUGAGCGGCCUCCUUUCAGCAAGAUUCGCCGGCCGGCGCCUGGCUUGGCCGAUCGGCACUGGCGUUUGCGUUGCCUACUCGUUGGUCUGCCGACAAACGCCUGGUAACUUUGGCUCUCAUCUCACCUCGACCGCGCCGUCCCCCAAUCGUGUGCAGCAUCACCGUUCAUAUGGAAGCUUGAAUCCAGAAUCGAUGAGGCAGCUUUCACGCGGCAGUAUUUAUGGAUUUGGAGCUGGACUUCUCGUCGGCUUCCUAUCGCACACUCUGGUUCUACUUACCGGCCUAGCCAUGUUCACCGUUUACCUUGCGCAUCGAUACGGCUUGGACUUGCCCCAGCUUCUCGGUUUGAAGAAACAUCUAAACAAGGCUAUUCUGACGAAACCUUUCCACAAUGCUGUAUUCCGACUAUCUUUUGCAGCUACCUUUACUCUCGCCGCCUUCGUCCGUUUCUAGGCCUGA